AUGACCGCAACUCAAGUCCUACCAGAAUGCUGGGGUCACCGAGGAGCUUCAGCAGUUUUCCCAGAGAACACCCUCGCUAGCUUUGAAGCCGCCAUCAACGAUGGGGCAGAAGGCAUCGAGAGCGACGUUCAUGUGUCGUUGGACGGGGUCGUCAUAAUGUUCCAUGACCCGGAUUUGGAAAGGACCACAGGAUCAAAAGGCUUAAUCAGGGACCGGCAUUGGUACGGCAAAGAUGGAAUGGAACACCUCCGUACUAUCAAGCAACCUCAACAAUGUAUCCCCACGUUCGCUCAGACCAUCGCUCUUUUGAUGAAACCCGAGAACCAGCAUGUCAAGUUCAACGUUGACGUCAAAGUUCAGAAUGAUCCUGACCGCCUCUUCUCGAUUAUGCAUGAUGUUAUCUCAACGCAGCCUGAUUGGCAGACGAAGUUGGCUCCCCGUAUUCUGCUGGGCCUUUGGCAUCCGCGUUUCGUGGCUUUUGCGAAAGCGAGAUUACAAUAUUGUAGACGCUCACACAUUGGUGUGAGCCUUUCGAUUGCACGGAAAUAUUUCUGGGAUGGCGUGGAGGUCUUUUCAAUGGCGUUCGCCUCUCUAACCACCUAUGAUGGCCAGAAGUUCCGGAAUGAGUGCAAGGCUGCGGGUAAGAAGAUUAUGGUAUGGACGGUAAAUGAGCCGGAGCACAUGAUGGAGGCUGUACGAUGGGGCAUCGAUGUCAUUCUUACGGACGUGACGAAGAAGUGGCUCGAAUUGCGUGCCGCUCUUCAAGUCAAUUACGACUCUAUCCUGUCUCAGUACAGCCGGUGGUUCCUCUGGACGACCUGGAAGUUUUAUCUGCCCUCUAUUUUGGCAAAUAGAGCCACAAGACUGUACCUUGAAGGUGCUGCGGGUCCAUUUGACAAUUUUGCACCACCCGAGACGUCUGUGACUGUAGUAGCAUGA